GUACACUCUUUUUGUUUCUUGUUUCGAGUCGAGUACGCGAAUUUCCUCCGUUUCUUGGUUCGGAUGUUCCAAUCGAAUGGGAAAAAUGAAGAAAUUCACCAACUGUAAGUUGGUCAGUUGUAUAAUUAUGAUAUCCGAUAACUGGUUUAUGAAAUUAUCGUGAAUUCUAGUGUAAGUGCAGUUAUCGUGUGAUUUUCAAAUUAACUCUAUUAAAUUAGCUAGUUUUGUGUACAAAUUGUUCGUGAUAUAUGUGAUCAUUGAAACUUGGUAGAAGAGCGUUACUUUCAACUAUUGUAUGUGAUUCCCUCCAAAAGUACGUGCACCGCGCCAUUACUCUGCACAAUGCCUUUGCUGAAUAAGAAGCGUUUUCGGAGGAAUCCAAUACCUGAAGGAUUGAAAGAUACCGACAAAGUAUUUUAUUGCGAAGUUACAAACGAGAUAUUCGACAACUAUCCGGAUUUCGCCGAACGUAUAAUUUUAUGCAAUUCGUUAGUAUGGUCCUGCGAGGAAACAGGUCGUUCAGGAUUAACCUUUAUGGAAGCGAUGGAAUCGGAAAAAAAUGCUAAAAAAUUGCUCAGCGAUUUUCCUCUCGAACUGAGAAAACCCAUUUUAUUUUUGGUAACGUUGACCGCUAGAUCAGCUUUGAACGAUUUAACCGAAGACAUAUUUAAUUACGUUAGAGACAGAUACUUCGUCGGUGAAAUCGUCGACGUUAAUUUGAUCGGUGAUCACUGGGUUGCCUGUCGUGUUUUACAAGUUAACUAUCCCACUCAGAAAGAAUUAGCUGAAAUGAAAAACGGAGCAAAAUCACACGACAAAUUCAAACCACCCGGUUGGAUAUUCCAAUACAAAGUUGAAUUAGUCGAUAAAUCAGACGACGAUGGAAUAUUCCACGUAAACGGGGUGAAACUUCGCCGCAAAAAAUCCACGUACACGAAAGAACGAAAUCACUUAUUCGUCAAACACUUCGUAUUCAAAGUAGAUGGUAUCUGGAAAUUAAAAUCGAACGCGUACAAACGUUACGAAAUAGGCAAAAUCAAAUUCGAAAAUAUAUUCGCCGGUUCGCCGCCAAAAUUCUCGACGAACGACUCUCCGAAAAAACAAUCUAAGAAAUCGUCGCAAUCGACGCCGGUCAAAUCACCGACCAAAAAUGGUUCGGUAAACAAAGUAAAGAAACAAGAAUCUAUCGACAAAUAUCUCAAACCGAAGGUGGAAAAAGAUCAAAAGUCGCCGGUCAAGAAACGUGACAAUUCUGGCGUCAAGGCAGACAAAUCUAGUAAAGUAAACGGUAAAAAAUCCGUCGAUAAAAGAAAAAGUACCGAAGAAAUAAUCGAACGAGAAUUGCAAGAGAAACGUCGUAAGAUGAUGGAACAUCAGCAGCAAAUUAUCGAACGUAAACAGCAAAAGCAGUUAGAGUUACAACGUAAAAAAGACGAGAAAAAGAAAUUGGAAGAUUUCAUGAAAGAAUGGAAUAAAACGCGAGAGGAUCUCGAACUAGAAGAUCUGAAAGAACUUCCGGUUCCUGUACCGAUCGAGUUAGAUACACCGAACGAGCAUUUCGGACAGAUCGCUAUGUUGUACGAAUUUUUCCAAGUUUUCUCCGAACAAUUGGCAGUCAAGACGUUUUUCCCAGCUGGUAUUAGUUUAGAAAUAUUAGACCGAGCAGUAUCUAAAAAUGAAAUCACCGGACCGUUGAACGAUCUCCUGCAGCUUUUACUCUCGGCUGUAUUUAAAUUACAAGAAGACGAAGAAGAUGAAAUAGGUGAAGCGUACGAAUCGACGGCGUUGACCGAGUACGAAAACUUAGACAGCGAUAAAAAAGACCUAAGUAUAGUGGCUACAAACUGGCCUCACGCUUUCCAAGGCGUACCUCUUAAGCAACUCACUUUAGACGCGACUACCGUCACCGAAGUGCUUCGAUUACACUUGUUAUCGUCCGGAUGUCGUGUCAGUGAGGCUUGUACUCGUUGGCGAAAUCAAGAAAAAGGCGGUUUCAGCAGUUGCGACGAUCCAGCCGUCGCUUUCCGUACCGAUCAUCGUGAAAUCAUCGAAACAUUGAGUGAAAAACACAUAGCAGCGUUACCGGUCGGUGAUAAAAUACUCGUUUUAGAAUGUCUAAUCAAUCAGCUAUCUAUGUUCGCGGUGAUUCGCGACGUCGUACAUGAAAACGUCGAAAGCAAUCGUCUGAAAAAAGCAGAACUUCGAACGGCGCUGGCGGCUGAAAUCCGACGCGAAAAAGAUCUCGCUUUGCAAAAGAAGAAAAAACCUGCGGAGAAAACUGAUCCUGCGGCUAAGCCCGAAGAAGACCCUGCUGCUGCUGCUGCAGCUCCACCACCGCCACCUCCUGCUGCUCCUGCCGCUCCUGAACUGAGUAAAGAAAAACUUGAGAAAUUGGAGAAAGAAAUCCGCGAUAAGAAGGAGUCGCUUAAACGUCAAUUGAACGAAUUAUACAUGGAGAACAUGAAAGUUCAGCUGGGUCCUUUGGGUUCAGAUCGAGCUUACCGAAGGUUCUGGAUUUUCCCCUCGAUACCUGGUAUAUUUGUCGAAGACGACGAACAAAUGUUACCUCCGUGUUUACCUCGAGGUACACCGUCCCCAAAUCCCGCCCUGAUGAAAGAAAAAGAUACCAUCUCGUACGUGAAAAAACUAUUCCAAAAAGAGUAUAAUAAAGAAAAUCUGGGCGUUAUAUCCGCCAGCAGUCCGAAGAAGACUAACGGAAUUCGAUACAGUUGCAUCCUCAACGACGCAUUCACCUCGAAAGACGAACCAGCCAGUAAAUUGCCGCUGACUUGUUGGGGCGAUAAUGAAAAUUGCCCCGUGCACAGCACUCAAGUAGCGCGUACUCGAUGGUCGUAUUAUCGAACUGAAAACGACCUCGAACAAUUAUUAAAUUCUUUGAAUACUCGCGGUAAACGUGAAUCCAAGCUCAAAGCAAUGCUUACCCAGUAUAAAGACAUGUUGGUUCAGAAUCUAUCCCGACCUUUCGCCAGCCUCAACAAAUCACUCAAAUUGGAAGAUUCAGCUGUCGCCGAAUUCCGUAAAUCUCAACGCGGUAAUCCGAUUUACGAUAAUACGAUGUUAGAUUUCCCGCAAGACUCUCAAGUCGAAGAAGUUUUGGAGAAAUUCUUGAGAAACAUCAUUAUCGAUAUCGAAGAGAAAAGCAACGCAGGCGGAUUAGGAUGUUUGAGAGUAAUCGAUAGAAGUAAAUGGAUCGAAGCGAUAUCGAAGAACGGAUACGAGAAGUCGUGUUACGAAUUAAUAUACGGUCCAGUGACCAAGGUUGAAACUAUUAACGAGAACGAAGAUAUUGGCGGUAUUAGAAUCGAAAUUCCCAGACUCCCGAUCAAAGAGAAAAAGUAUUCAAAUAUUGGACAUUUCGAUAUCAUGAACGAGUAUGUCAAAGAAGUAAACCCUACAAUAAAAGACCUCUCUGGCGCUAUCUUACAACUUGGCCAAUCGAUAGAGUUACAUUACAUGAAACCUCCUCUAGGAUACUUUGCAACCAGUUCCGAAAAAACCAAAAGCAUAGAAAAUUUAGAAGUCAUGGAUAUACAAAAAAGAUGGGAAGUUUCGUUAAUGUCGUCAACGAGUUACGCGCAGUUGUUCCUUCAUUUAUGUACAUUAGAUAACAGUAUUGCGUGGAAUAAAUCCGCCCUUAAUGCAAAUUGUCGUCUUUGUCGGCGCCGAGGGGAUCCUGAGAAUAUGCUUCUUUGUGAUAUUUGUAAUAAAGGACAUCAUAUGUAUUGCUUGAAACCUAAACUUACUAAAGUUCCAAAAGGUAAUUGGUAUUGUCAUUAUUGCAAACCUCCUCAAAAAGAGCCAAAAGCCAAGAAGAAACACGUGUAUUAUGCCGGAGAAUCAGACGACGAAUUUUCCGAUAAAAGAAGUCCCCUUGUGGCAGAAAAAAUGGAAGUAUCAAGUAAAGGCAAAUGUAAAACAUGCGGCGACAAAGGCAUGACAAUUGGUUGCUCCAAGUGCUUGAAAAGAUACCACUUGGCUUGCUUAGUUCCACCUCUACGUAAACCGCCAACGGUGACGUGGUCCUGCAAUUCGUGUCGACAUAUAUCCGCUAGAAGAGACGAAAAUAUAAAUUGUACUGAAUCGGAGCCGUCGAGCGGCGAGCCUCUAAGGGCGAGCAGGCGGAAAACAUCGAAAGCGGCUAAUGAAAAAAUAUAUCGAUUUGUCAAACAGCUUCGAAGGCCGAAUUCUUCGGACGAUGAUGACGAAGCUGCGAUGGGUGUAGAAACGGUAGUUGUUAAUGGACGCCGUCGCAGGACGAGAAAUUCGGCCGAAUUUAAUUACUCGAAUCAGCUUCCUUUGGAUAACGCCUCGUUACAAGAAUUACUCAAUAAGGUUAUGCAUCACGAAGCUGCAUGGCCGUUCCUCAGACCUGUAUCACGUUACGAGGCUGCCGACUAUUUUGAAAUAGUCAAGAGACCUAUGGAUUUCGCAACGAUCAAACAUAAAUUAAACAUGCUACAAUAUCACACCAAUAGUCAAGUUAUCAGCGACUCGAUGUUAGUAUUUAGUAAUUGCUUUUUGUACAACAAAGAAACAUCGGAUGUAUAUCAAGCCGGAGUUCGACUAAUGACGUAUUUGAAGAAACUCUGCAAAGAGAUGAAUUUCCGUAAAGAGAUGAAAGAAGCGGAAAUUCAAGUCAAACGUCUAGGACCCGAAGAUCCAGAUGACGACGAUAGUAACUCCGAUCAAGAUGCUAGUGGCUUGGAAGAUGAAGUGGAAGAAGAAGAAGUAAUAGUUACGUUAGAAGAAGCCGAACAAGAAGAAAGGGACGAUAUCGAUAAUAGUUCCGAUAGCGACGGCGAAGAGUACAACCCGAAGAAGAAAAUCCGUUUGGAUAAAUAAAAGCAUUGAACUGAGAAUACUUUUUCGUCGCGUUUGGUUCCUUUCCUCUUUUGUUCAGGUUUGCAUUUUGUGAGAAAUUUUGUUAUCGAGUACUUGAUUAUUAAUAAAAUACUGCGAGAACGUGUGUGAAUUAUGUAAGUCAUGUAUAUUCCCAAUUUCCCCGUGUUUAUAUUUAAUUUUUUAUUAUAAUUUAUUAUACUAGAUCAUUGACUGUAUUUUAAUUUGAUAAAUUAUAUUCACAUUUUACGUGUAA